AUGACGGACAGCAAAACUCUAGUGAUGGCUCCUGCAAACGGGCUGGUAGAUAAGUCCAUAGAGCUUCAGAAGGAGAUCCUAAUGGAAAAACUGCGAUCGAAAACCUCGCAGCACAAAAACCUCAGUGAAACUGCAAAAGCUGUACGAAUGGCUAUGCUGAUAGCAACUGAUUGGGGUCUCACAAUUCUUUGGAGGAUACACCUGGCGUACGCCAGAUUAAAAUUUGUGGUGGGAACAUCUGGAGUCAACCUUUUCAUAUCAUCUGAUAUGUUCUAUUUGGAGAUACUUGUAGAAUCUAAUGGGACAGUGAAGGAUGUCAAGAUUCAUCAUGAAGGCAAGAUUGAACAACAAAGCUGUGAGGAAUUAGUACAGUGUAUAUCACGUGGCGACUUCGCUGAUUUCACGGCCCAACUCGAAGGAUUGACUGCUGUGUAUCAGCUUAAUGCUGAAAAGAAGGUAAAAUGCAAAGCGUUUAGUGCGCUCCAAAGCCUGGAAGAAGAUCUGUGUACACUGCGACAGCUGCAGAGCUUCAUUAAAGACCCUUGGGCACAGGUCCAUAAGAGUCCAAUUGGCUUUCUGCAAAAACGACGCGGAGGUCACGCAAUGCGUCUCACCUAUUUCGUAUCUCCCUACGAACUCCUGGAUAAGGAUAAAGGCCUCCAGCCUCUAACCAACGAAUUGCUAACCAUCGGCAAGCCUCAAGCGUCAAGCGGUCUAGCGUCUCUAGUGGCCCCUUCACACACACCUGUCGGCCAUUCCGCGUUGGUGCUUCUAGAAGGUUCCACAGCCAAUAAGCUGCAGUUGUCGCCAAUCAUAGCUAGUGGACAGAGAGCAGGGAAAAGCGGCCCUGUGUACGCGCAACUAGUGCCUCAGAACAGCGCAAUGUUACCAGCGUGCUUCACGCUAAAGUUGUCACAGCCCAUGCCGUUGUGUGCUGGCCUUGCGAAGCGUAUACAUGCCACUACCGAGGUGGAAGUGUCCGGUGACUGGGCGAACGCAAAGCCAAUGCUUGGUCUGGUCGCGCAGCAGGCGUACAACAAACUCACUCCUGGGAAGAACAUCGAACUCAAUCUCAGCAAAGGGCUCUUCGUGUCAUUACCAGACCAAACGCACUGCUACUUCGUGUGCGAAACCCGUGGCUUGGAAGGCUCCAUGGUCGGCAGCGUGCCGUUCACACACCCAUCUCACGUUCCGCCGCUGCUGGCCGCGCUGCGACAGCAGGCGUUGUUUAACACGCUUAUUGCCUCCUGUGUUAGAACGCAGGGCAAACAGAGUGUGGACCUCGAAAGCGUAACAAUGUUCGAAGUGAGUGCGUUAUCGUGGGCUCACAUAUCAGUAUCCCUCGAGCACCCGCUGGACGAGAGCAUGGCCACGCUAGAGCUCGAAUUGUCCGACCCUGCACACCCUAGAGCUGCGCUGCAUUCGCUCCAUGCAUCUCAUCAGCAUCACCACUUGGAUGAAUACAUCACUAGAGUGCUACAGAAAACGCAUUCCAUACCAAUUACGCUUAGAUCUCUAAUGAAGAUCUGGGAGCGCGAAGCGGCGACGAAACAGAUGAAUGGCAACUACUCUUCUCUGGACUCAAAUUUUAGCUGUGGCCUGGGCGGGCUCGACCCGGGGGGCGACCACGUGAAGCAGGAACCUGGGACCCACCCCCACGGGCGAGCCAUGUUCCCCUCUAAUAUCUCGCACCCUCACCAAAGCGGUGCCUACCUUUCUGAACAACAGCAACACCACCUCUCUAUGAUGUGCCAAGAUUCAGGCCCAAGCGAAUCAAAAGCUCAAAUCGAGGAUCGAAAAUCAAAGAAACGAAAAGCAGACACCGACCUAUGGGUUUCCAACCCAAAGAAGGGGAAACCUGUAUUGACAGAUAUGUUAAAUUCCGAUAGUGAUAGUGAUAAUUCUGAAUAUGUAAACGAAGAUGACAACACUAUGAAUAGCAACUCCAGUAAUGAAGAUAUUGAAGGACGAGAGUCUUCAGCCUCGCAGAAUGAGUUUGCGUCAGACCUUGAACUGUCUGGCAUGGACGCUACGGACGCUUUAGGUAGUCAAGAAAAUAGACCGUCUUCAGAUAUGGAUAACUCUAUUGAUGGAGAAAGCGACGAUAUCAGGAAUUCUUUUCACAAGUCUGAGCACAAAAGGCAAAAGCUCAAAAGUAAAGACACCGAAAUGCGUAACAGGAAUCUACUCCUGGACUUAACUGAAGGUAAAUCUUACAUGCCUUCUUCAGUCAGCAUCACACCCAUAGGGUCAACUACUCCAAACUCACAGAGUGCCGGCUCUGGAAAUCUUUCGUCAAUGCUUUGUUUAGACCGACGUCCCGGAAUUGAAAUAAUUCCAAUUUCAUCUGCACCACCAGCGGCUCUACCAAGCUCUAUUACUAUAACACCGAUAACGUCGUCUCAAAUGAAGUCUAUGGAUGACAGAAUCCGAUCCGAAAAAAAGUCAAGCAAAUCUAGUGAAGAACGAAGCAAAGAGAAGAAAAAGAAAAGACGAAGAGACGACCCCAUGGGCCCACCAGAAAAAGUCCCGCCGAAGCAAGACCCUCUUACAAAACCAGUAUCAGUAAGCAUCAAACCAACUGACGGUUCACCCAUGCGACCCACCUCCCCAAACGCUUUACUCAGAAAAUUUAGUCCCAGUCCGACUCACGGUCGUUCCGUAUCGAUCACAAAGUCAACCAGUCCUAGCCCUUUAAAAGGAAUGGGAAAGCCCUCUGGUACAUCCAGCCAUCAGGGCAGCCCGAGACAUUCACCAAUACAGAAUAGUCCAAAACACUUACCAGGUUACUCAAGUCCGAAAAACCACAGCAUAUCUUCUCCAAAGCACAGCUCUUCAGGGUCAGGGAAACCCAGCAUGUCAGCGUUAAAAUCUGCAACCAGUGGUUCUCCAUCUGGCAAGUCGGGAACGACAGGGUAUGAUCUCUCUAAGAAAAUUUCUAAAGACAGUUAUAGCUCCAGCUCAAUGAGUUCCAGAGAUAAAGAAAAGAAACAUUCCAGUUUAUCGUUCUCUACUUCUGGUAGAAGUAGUCCUAAACUUAAAAAUCCGGUGAAGUUGAAGCAGUUAGAAAUAACCCCUGUGUCCUGUGACAGUCCUGUAACCGAGCCCCUGAUAUCACCUCCUAAUGUAGAAGUGAAUAAGUCUGCUCCGAGUCAAGCUCGCAAUAGAAAGGGCUCACUAAGCGCUGUGAUAGACAAACUAAAAUCUGCUCAACACUGCAGCACGGACACCGAACUCGGUGCUAAAUCCAGCUCGUCAAGUACCAAUAAAUUUUCAGAUCCAAAAAACUCCGCACCUAAUAACGCAAAAUUAAGUGAAAGUAAAAAUCAAGAAUACAUGGUCAAGCCUAGCUUAGAUGGUAUGAAGAUCACAAUAAACAAGACCAGAACAAAAGAGUCAUCCAGUAGCAGCUCGAAAUUGAACUACAGCAGCUCGAGUUCUAGUAAACAGUCAUCUCCACAACUGACCCCACCUAGUCAAGGCUCUCCCAAAACUCACACAGGUUUGAAACCAGGAGUCAUAAGCGGUCCUGCUUCCAAGAAAACUCAAGCAAUGCAAUCAUCUAAGUCCGGAAGUUUGACUCCUGGCUCCACACCACCAAAAGCAAACAUGAGUCCUUCUGAACCAUCGAAUAAUCCUAGCAACGUCUCGAAAGUGCCUUACUCAAAAUCCUCCAGUUCGAGCAGUGCUGGUAUUAAUUUAUCAAAAUCUGCUUCCAAACCGAGUUCAGGGUCCCCUAAGAGCAGCAGUACAGAUCUUGCGAAAAUCGUCAGAGACAGAGAAAGGGAAAAGGCUAAAACCAAACUAAUGGGUAACUCUGAGAGAUCAAUAUUUUCAUCCAAAUCAGAACGUCAUUCCAGUCCUAGCGGAUCGAGAGACGACGCAGACAACGACCGAUAUAAGACUUCUAAAGAUGCUAACUUCCUAGUCGAAGGAUUAAUUAAACCUCUGGAUACGAGCAAGUUUCAAAUACCUAAACUGAAAAAUCAAACAACCCCAGAUAAAAACAGUCCUGUGUCUCAAUACGAUAGCCGAUCUACGGUGAAUGACUUCACGAGAAGUCUUGAGCAAAACAAAUAUCCAUUUCCACAUUACGAUAACCCAAACUCAAGAACAUCAGAGUCGGUUCAGAAAUCUGCAUACCCGCUUAAUGUGCCGAAACCUCUUUUGAAUAUGGGAUCUGUAAGUCCAAAAACUGUGCCUCUUGUCAAGGACCAAUCUAAUCCUAUUGAAUAUUCCAAAGCUGUAUCAGAUAGUAUAUCUAAAGGUGAAAGUCCUCAGCGGAAAGAUGAUACGAAAGAAUCUUUCUCUAAUACAUAUCCGUUGAUGCCACUCGAUUUUAAGACGGACAUGUCCAAAGGGUUUGCCACACCUAAAGGCACGGAAGACAGAAAAGGUGCUGACUCUUGUAUGAAGCCUCCAGCAAGUGGAUCAGUACCUAGGAGUGGAGCAACUACUCCUCAAGAAGCAGCUGAGAUGUUAUUAGAUUUUUCGUCAUCGUCAGGUAGUAAAGUUUCAGGGAUGGUGGCCGUACGACCAGUAUAUCCUGCGUCACCUGCGCUAGCUUUGCAAUUAGUCAAAAGUCCAGCUCCCUCGCCAUUGGUGGCGCCUUCUCCACACUCGAAUUCCCCCUGUAUCACUGACGAUGAACUCAUGGACGAGGCUUUGGUAGGACCUGGUAAAUGAGUGUAUGUCCACGCGUCUGCAUCUAUGGUAACAGUUAACAGGAAAACUUGGUCCAUUUCCAAACAGGGCGCUGGUGCUGGUCCAUAGACCAAGUAGAAUGCAGAAUGUAGAUGCUUCUGACCAAUUAUGAGCAUUAAGGCGCGCAAAUUAACAUUACCAUAAUAUUAUACAGUGUGUCGAUUUACAUUCUCGUCAUGUUUAAGAAAUUAAAAAAAUAUUCUGUUCAAUAUUCUGGCUAAUUGUAUCUAAUCAAGUUUUUCAAAAUGGUCUCGGAGUCUUAAGCACCACGCAAGAGCAGUGACCCCGCCACCCGCUUCACCGAGCGAUACGUAAUCUUUCUCGAUCGCUUAUUUACCUAUUUUUUAAAUUAUGAUUAUGUACUAGUAUUGUUAU